AUGGGUGACGGAGGUCAACCGCCUGGCAGAAGGACUGCUGACGAAGUGCAGAAAGCAUUGCCUACUGCUGCUAUGCUUCAAGUUUUAUCUGAUGAUGAAGAAACUGUAGUCAGAAGAUUAAACGAAGAAUUUAGUUUUGAGUGGAAAAAAUCUUAUCAUUACUUAUGUCAUAUGUGUGACAACGAUAUCGAAAACGUGAAACUAGCUACGGUGGGGCAUGGUGAAGGCUGGAUGGCUGAACGAAGAGGCAGGUUGACAGCCAGCAACUUUGGACGCAUUAUACGAAGCAAGACCUCAGAUUCCAUCCUCAUGGAUGUCAUGGGCUACACAAAUGAUCAAUUACUUGCAAAUGUAGCUUCAUUAAAAUGGGGAGGGGUUAUGGAGCGUGUUGCUCUAGAGCUCUCAAAACAUUUGAGCCUGUUGCAUGUGAAUUUGAUGAUAAGAUCUGUUGGAUUAUGGGUCUGUAAAAGUGCCAAUUUUUUAGCUGUGACUCCUGAUGACAUAAUGAGUUGCGAUUGCCACCCCGACGCUUUGUUGGAGAUCAAGUGUCCUUACACUCAAAGUUUCUCCGACCUUGAUAAGAAAGAUUUUUUUCUAAAUGAAUCUGGCCAGUUAAAAGAAGAACACCUGUACUAUGAUCAACUGCAGCGGCAGAUGGGUGUUACUGAAAUUCAUACGUGCUAUUUUGUAACAUAUACAGAGAAAUCAUUAGUUUAUGAUGUUGUUACUUUUGAUGAAAUGAAAUGGUCCUUAAUAAAGGAAAAAUUAAGGAAAUUUUUUUUCACUAUCAUUCUGCCUGAAAUCGUCCAUUGCGCUAAAAAGCAAGAGUUCUGUGAUGCAAGAUGCAUAUGUGAAGGAUCUAAAUCUGGAACAGUGAUAAAAUGUGUCUCCUGCAAAAGAGCCUUUCACAGAGUUUGCAUCAAGUAUUGA